UAGAGGAAUAAGCCACCACACCAUAACACACCCAUCUCUCUGUUCUUCUCUGUCUUUUCCCUCUCUAGUUUUUUUUCUUAUUCUCAAUUUCUCAUAACAAUGACUAACCAGAAUAUGUUGGGAAAGUCACGUGUGAUUGUGAAUGAGAAGAUAUUGGAAUUAGCAAUGUCGAUUUCAAACUCUAAUGUUUUACCAAGAACUUCAAUGCCUGAAUUAAUGGCUUUGUUUGAUGGGCUUUUAGGCCAGCGCAAAAACAAUCUCAUUAAGCCUUUGGAAGAUGAUAAUGAUCACAAAGGAGCAACUAAAGUUAACGCGUGGAUUGAUUCCAUGAGAGCUUCAUCUCCUACUCGAACCAGACACGAUUCAGAAAAUCGUGACCAGACUCAUUGGACUCUUUUCCAUCCUUCUGCGUUGAACAUGUUCAGUAAAAUAAUGUACAAUACAAAUGGGAAACAAAUUGUUGUUUUUCUUGACUAUGAUGGAACUCUCUCCCCAAUUGUAGCAGAUCCAGAUAAAGCCUACAUGAGCAAAAAGAUGAGAGUGACAUUGAAGGACAUAGCAAGACAUUUUCCCACUGCCAUUGUUAGUGGAAGGUGCUUAGACAAGCUAUUUAGCUUUGUAAGGUUGGCUGAAUUAUACUAUGCUGGAAGCCAUGGGAUGGAUAUUAAGGGUCCAACAAAUAGGAGAAGCACUAAAAAAGGUAAUAAUGAUGGGGUACUUUUGCAGCCUGCUAGUGAAUUUUUGCCCAUGAUCAAUGAGGUUUAUAAGAUCUUGGUGGAGAAAACAAAGUGUGUUCCAGGGGCUAUGGUGGAAAAUAACAAGUUUUGUUUAUCUGUGCAUUUUCGGAACGUUGACGAAAAGAGUUGGGAAGCAUUGGGUGAACAAGUAAGCUUAGUGAUGAAUGAUUACCCAAAACUAAAGCUAACACAAGGGAGAAAAGUGUUGGAAAUUCGACCAAUUAUUAAAUGGGACAAAGGAAGGGCUCUUGAAUUUUUGCUAGAGUCACUUGGUUUUGCAAAUUCUAAAGGAGUAUUUCCAAUCUAUAUUGGUGACGAUAGAACCGACGAAGAUGCUUUUAAGGUUUUACGCAAUAGGGGCCAAGGGUGUGGGAUUCUUGUUUCAAAAAUUUCAAAAGAAACUAAUGCUUCUUACACUUUGCAAGAUCCAUCUGAGGUUGGAGAAUUUUUGCGGCAUUUGGUGGAUUGGAAAAGAACAAGUUCUCGUUCUCACAAGUUGUAGAGAGAGCUAGGAAUCUAUAAAUGAGUUUAGGGAUUUGACACCGACCCAAGAAUCUGGUCAAGGGGUAGUUAAAAUGGCAUCCCUUGUUUGAAAAUAGGAAAAUAGUACAUUUUAUUGUUCCAUAAUUUUAAUAUUUUAGGGACUAGAAAGUCCAAAUAGAUUCUCUUUUUCUUUUUUUCCUUUUCUUGUUUCAAUGUAUAAUUCUAUUCUUGAUCUUUCACACGUUUGCAUGCGCAUGCGGAUAGUGAAAGACAUAUGUUUUAUGCCUCAUUUGUUAUAUGAGACAUUAUAACUUUCUUACUCUCUACUGUACUUAAUGUACGUUUGGCAAAUGUAAUACUCAUAAUGAAAAUUGCCAAUUUCAUCUUGAAAA